GAAAUCUGCACUUGACUCGGCCUCUGGACUACGAACUCUCUACAUCUCAUCACUUUUUGAUCGAGGCUAUGAUUACUGAAAACGACAUUCCUCUUCUUUUAUAUAUUAGCUUGCUGGUGUAUGUGGAUGAUGUGAAUGAACACGCACCUCAAUUUCUUGGCAUGCCAACAGCGAGUUUCUCACAAAGUUCGCUGCAAUAUUUUGGCUCCGAAGAAUCCGAUAUAAUUGGUGGCGAGGCCAGUGUCCCAUUUAUAUUCAUUGCACUUCCAUCAUAUUCUUCUGAAACACUGCUUGGACGAGUGACUGCCUUCGACCUCGACUCUAAUGAAAACGGUCGUAUCUCCUACAGGAUAAUUGGAGGUCCUAAAAUUAUAUUUAUUCAUUAUUUAUUAACUUAUAGGAAAAAAAGCUAG